CACACACACUGUACUACACAAACACUAAUACACAACCUGCAGCCUCGCCACCAUUUUGCGUGUAAGCUCACCAACAGCCAGGUUUAAAGGUGGAAAACAGCCUCUUUUUCCGGCAAUGGACGGCAUUGCUAGUGAUGUUGCAGUUGGUGUAAAGAGAAGUUCAGAUGAUUUGCUUUCUGGCAGCCUUUACAGCAGUCCGAACACUUCAGUUAAGGCUAAUGGAAGUGACAGCAAAAAACUCAGAGUGGAGGACGGCAUGGACAACCCUCCCUCUAGAGUCAUUCACAUCCGUAAACUUCCGAACGAGGUUUCUGAGACAGAAGUCAUCGCCCUGGGCCUGCCCUUUGGGAAAGUCACCAAUAUCCUGAUGCUGAAAGGCAAAAAUCAGGCAUUUUUGGAGCUUGGGACAGAGGAAGCAGCGAUCACCAUGGUGAACUACUACACAGCAGUGACCCCUCAAGUGCGAAAUGUUCCUGUGUGUAUCCAGUACUCCAACCACAAAGAGCUCAAAACGGACAGUGCACUGAAUCAGCGUGCCCAGGCCGUUCUGCAGGCAGUGUGUGCUGUUCAGGAGGGAGGUUCUCCAAGCUCAGACUCAGCAGGAGAGAGUGUGUUAAUACCACCGCCAAGUCCAGUCCUGCGCAUCAUCAUCGAUAACAUGUUCUACCCGGUAACACUGGACGUCCUGCAGCAGAUCUUCUCCAAGUUCGGGACAGUGAUGAAGAUUAUCACAUUCACCAAAAAUAAUCAAUUCCAAGCGCUGCUGCAAUUCAGCGAUCCUGUAAAUGCUCAACAGGCCAAACUGUCUUUGGAUGGACAGAACAUCUAUAACUCGUGCUGCACGCUGCGCAUCGACUUCUCCAAGCUCGUCAACUUAAAUGUGAAGUACAACAACGAUAAGAGUCGAGAUUACACAAGACCCGAGCUGCCUGCAGCAGACGGUCAGCCUUCUGUAGAUCCAGCGAUGGCCGCUGCACUUGGCAAGGACUCCACAUCCCUACUGGGGUCAAUCAGUCCUCUAAGUGCGGCGGCCGCGGCAGCGGCAGCAGCUGGGCGAGUCGCUCUGUCAGGACACUCGGCGGCUGGUGCAGUGCUUCUAGCCAGCAAUCUCAAUGAUGAGAUGGUUACGCCCCAAAGUCUCUUUACCCUCUUCGGUGUGUAUGGGGAUGUGCAACGAGUCAAGAUCCUCUACAAUAAGAAGGACAGCGCCCUCAUCCAGAUGACAGAUGGAAACCAGGCACAGUUAGCCAUGAGCCACCUGAAUGGACAGAAGAUGUUUGGGAAGAUUAUCCGUGUGACCCUUUCCAAACACCAGACAGUGCAGCUUCCUCGAGAAGGCUUGGAUGAUCAGGGCCUCACUAAAGACUUCAUCAAUUCACCCCUUCAUCGUUUCAAAAAGCCUGGGUCAAAGAAUUUCCAGAACAUCUUUCCUCCAUCAGCCACACUCCACCUCUCCAACAUCCCUGAGAAGGUGAAUGAAGAGGACCUGAGACUUCUCUUCUCCAACUCUGGAGGCACAGUGAAGGCCUUCAAGUUCUUUCAAGAUCGCAAAAUGGCCCUGCUGCAGAUGGCGACGGUGGAGGAGGCCAUUCAAGCCCUGAUCGACCUCCAUAGCUAUGAUAUGGGCCGUGGCCAUCGUCUCCGAGUCUCCUUCUCUAAAUCCACCAUCUGAACAGGCAGUAUAGCCUGUACCCCUUUCUUGUCCCCUACUCCCUAUGGAGUGUUGAGCGAUAUUAGAGUUAUUUGGAUCAGUCAUUCCUGAAGACCAUAUUAGAAACACGCAGGCGCCAUUGCUCUCUCUUUCUCAGUAUUUGUAUUCCUGCUGUUAUCCAUUGGUUGCUCCCACAACAAAAUGUGCCUUACUUAUACAAAACAGCAUAAUCUUUUUUUUUUUUCCCCCCCAUCAUCCUCUACAGGUGAUAUAGAAGUGUAGGCACAUUCCUUUGUUUGUGGUAAGGCAUUUUUGUUAGCCCUGAUCUUGCCCCGACACUCUGACCUACUGUUCUGUAGGAUAUUAAAUGUGGUAAUUUAUCUUUUGCAAAACCACACUGGAGCAUUUUAAGGCCAGUUUUUUAUUGGCUUGUUUUUUUGUUUUAGCCUAAAACCGUUCAGUUAUGAAUCACCUGAAUACGUGUGACAUGAUUUGAUGAACAGCCACCUGCUAGCACACAUUCUGUUUGUAUAUUUGUUGUUUGACCUGACACUUUUAAUGCAGUUUAAAAUUUAAUGCUGGAGACCCUUUACACACAUACACACAAGCACACACUUUGGGCAGUGUAGUAUGUAAUGCAUUUGAGAAAGAAAAAAAAAAAUUAUUAUUUUUUUUUUCCCCUUCAAAGAAGAUUUUUUUUGUUAAAAAUUAACUGCUGGCUCUUGGCAGUAGUGAGGUCAAGCUAACGGUUGCGUACAUUUGACCGAGGUCCAUUCAGAGUCAUCUUUAGCGAUCAUUAGUGAAAGCAGACAGUUGUCUGUUAGUUAGAUGAUGAUGUUUGUAAUCAGAUGUUGACUGAUCACUAUGAACACCGCAAUUAACUCUAACAAGGCAACUUGUCCUUGAAGCGAACUCUAAUUAAAGAGCACGUAGGAAUCCAAUUCUUUGUUUCUGAUCUCUGGUUGUUUUCUUAUGAUAAAAUAGUUUUAUUAAGACAAUGAACUGAAUGAUCAAGUUUGUUAGAAGUAAGUGGGCCUAAAGAAGACAUCUAAAGAUUAAACCUUUAAAUAAUAAGGAACAAUGAUGCGCUUGACUAAUUUUACCUUGCAAACACUUUGCUAAUUAGCUUCUGUUAACUGUACAGCUAACCCAUUAUCCUUAAAUAGUUUCAUGAUGCACAGAAGAGCUUAAGCAGUUUUGUUGAAGGGUCUAAUAAUGCAUGAAUUAAAGCAAUGCCACUCUCUUUUGAAAUCCUUCAGCAGAUCAGAUCCUUCUGCGAUCAUUACCUACACAGACCUUACACUUGCACUGGACACCCAUUGUUGUAGUUUGGCACUGGUCUUGAAAACAAAUAAUUAAAUUCUUAAAAACUUUCUGAAUAUCCUGUAAUUUCAUUUUGAUCCAUUUGUUUGAAUUGUGCUCAUUUUGUUCGCUGUUGACUGAAUCUGAUUGCACCGCAAACCUUUGCUGAGUUUUGUGAUGUCAUUGUGAAGCGUUCAAGCCCUUGUAUUUACACUACCAGUUAAAUAUUUGGAUUUACCUGCUUAUAGUUGGGUUUCUUCAUUUUGGCAUCUUCUCAACCAGCUUCAUGAGAAGCUUCACCCAAAAAAGCUUUUCUUAAACUUACCAAAUAGUCUGAGCUCCUCAUUGCUUCUCCAAACUUCUAAAUGGAAAUAAGACGGAAAUGACUUGGAAAUUAAAACGUAUGUAGACUGUUCAUACUUUUGACUGGUAGUGUAGAUAACCAUUAGGACCAAAGCUGCUGUGCCUUUUUACUUAUUUUUCUGCAUGCAGUAUUAAGCUAAUUCAUUCAGCAUUGAUUUUCAUUUCAACAGUGCAAAAAAAAAUUCAGGAUUUAUACCGGACAUUGAAAAACAUUUGCGUGAAUUCUCCAAUGAUAUUUGCCGUGUUUUGGAGGCUAGGGAGGUCGUUCGUUGAUGUACUCAAUGUUAUAAGAUAAAAGAAUCUGUGGUCUGAGGUUCCGAAUCAUGGAAGGGCUGUGUAUAUUUUCUACAGGGGUUGUGUUUUUACAUCCACAAAUUCAGUGUGAUUUGGAAAUGAUGCGAUUAAAAGUUCUUUUUUUCUACCAGGCUCAUGCUGUAUGCUCCCUGUGUGCCUGUGUGCUUUCUCCUUCUGUAGCAUGCUCAAUAAACUCCUAUCACUCUA